GCAACACACGCCCCCUAGGAUGUCUGUCUGAAACUAUCAACUCCAGUGAAUCAAUUUCCAGUGAUCACAUUAUACCCUGAAAGAAAAUGCAGUUUACUUCUUUAAAAAUGCACCUAGCUAUUGUACUACUUUUCUGUGCAUCAUACGCUCAAGCAACUUGUCGCUGCGAACAAAUUACUAACAUUGUGAAUGGACGCCGUGUUUGUGCGUGUAAUCAAGGCUAUGCCGUCAGCCCUUCAAAUCCUGCUAAAUGUCAAGAUAUUGAUGAAUGCCAAGACCCAAAUCAAAACGCAUGCCAACAGAACUGUACCAACACAAUUGGAAGCUACUCUUGUUCAUGCAAUUCUGGAUUCAUAAUCAACAGUACAGACCCAACUAAGUGUGAUAGUUGUACAGAUCAUGGGUUUACUAUACAUAAUGGAUUGUGCUAUAUUUUUUUAACUCCUGUUGAUACUUAUAACAAUACAAAGAACAAAUGCUUGGCGAAGAAUGCAACACCUGUGAGGGUUAGAUCUGCGGACGACAUUGAAUUUUUUUUUACAAUGGCUAGAAAUAUGGACGGUAGCAGCUUCUGGGUUGGUGCCACAGAUAUCGAGAAUGAGGGGCAGUUCAUCUGGGAGGACACUCGCCAGCCUAUCACAGUGGACUUUGAGCAGUGGUUUGACGCUAGCACAAACACAGAUGACAUGGACUGCCUCAUCGGGGUAGAUGUGAACAGGAUUGUUGCCACAAGUUGUACGGCGCUUACAUAUGGGGUUUGUACUCUUUAACACGGUUGUGAAGCUGGAUUGUAUGCACAGCACCCAAUAUAAGAUCGGUGUCACAAGGGAAUAUAUGACACAAAUCCUAAAUUGCAAGCACAGCAUUCAAUAUAAGAUCAGUGUCCUUCCAAUAUAAGAUAGGUGUCAUUAGGGAAUUUAUGACACCAGUCUUAUAUUGCAAAGCACAGUUCCCAAUAUAAGAUUGGUGACGUAAUGGAAUUUAGGAAAUGUUUGUGUUAAUUUUUUUCUUUUACCGGUUUAAAGAAGACAAAAAUAUUUUGAAUUGCUGAACAUUGCUGAAAAUAUCUUGUUGUUCAAGUUUUUUUAAAAAUUGAAAUGAUGUAUUGCAGAACGCGAAAUAAUUAAAGUUUUUAUACAACCGAGUAUGUAGAAAGUUGAUUAUAUUGUGUUACUUUGGUUUUAUUCAAACACAAUAUUUUAUUGAAGAAAUAUAUCAAAAUAAUAUUAAUUAUUUUUAAUCAAAUGAAAAAUUUAAAUUUGUAUAUUUUAGGUUUAAAAGCAUUAUACUGAACAAGUAUACUUAAUAUUAACUAUCUUUAUUUUCUUUAAACGCUUUGUCGGGCUUCUUAAGGAUGGUUUUACUUCUCAUUAUAAACCGUAUUUAAUAUGUAUAUCAUACUUUACAGUAAACAUUAUAUUUAUGUUAGUUUAUAGUUUAAAACAGCUUAUUUAUAAAUCUUUAGAAUUUAUUAUAAAAGAAAAGAUUCAUCUUUAGACCUAGAUGGGCAAAUAAAUACAAGUUAAGAUGUUUUGUUUUAACCUCGGACUUUGAAGGGAUGGUAUUCUCAGCUGGGUGGACGUCCCUUACUAACAAAUCAUAACCCAUAUCUGACCUCGAGACCUUCGUGAUAGCAGCCAGUCGCUCUUCUAUUCAACCUCACCGGUCUCAUCACAAUUUAGACUACUCAAAGAAAAUCAUUGAGGCAACUGUUUGUUAACUAGUUUUAUAAGUAGAUAGAUUUAAGAGACUAUUUGUAAAACAAAACAAAAAUUACUGCAUUGAUUGUGUGAAGUCUGUGUCAUUGUAAGGCCAUGCGUAUGAUCAUUUACACUAAAGUAGUUUUAGAACAAUAAAAAGAGGAACGCUGUCAAAAACACUAUUUUAUUUAUGUUUAUACAAGGCAUGCCAAGACAUACUUUGCCACUAAGUAUUUGAACGAAAUAUUUUCAGAUGUUCAAAAUUAAUAGCGAUCUUUUUAGUAUAGUCUGGUUGAUGAACGUUUAAAAGAUUAACAUUUUCAAGCAAUUGUCUUUGCUGAUUAUAAAAUGACAUUAUUAUUUUUUUUUAAAAAGGUCUAUGUAGAUUAAAAAUUAGAAUCGCUAAUGUUUGCUGUAGACAGCGACACGUUGGGUUAUGAGGAUUUGCUUGUUUUUUUUUAUAAUGAAGAUACCAAUAUAUGUUUGAAAAAAACUUUAAGAUUUUAUUGUCUGUUAUUCUUACCAUGUAUUUAAUAUAUUCUUUAGCUUACACUUUGCGCAUUUUAAUCUGAGUUUAUUUUGUAAGUUAUUGUACACAAAAUAUAAACGCUGAAAGAAAGUUGUUAACUGAUUAAGAUUUUUUUCUCCAAAUGUUAGUAUUAGGUAUAUAUUCUGUAAUAGUAGAGAGUAUAAUUUUUAUAACAGUAGAAAAAUGUAUAAGUCAAGCUUUGGUAAGCUAGAUACAAAUGUUUCCAAAAAGCUGUGCUUAAGUAUUGGAUUUCAAUUUAUUCUUUUCAUUUUUUAUUACUUUUACCAAAGUAUCUUUUCAAACAUUUGUUAUCAAAUGAUCUACCAUAAUCUUUAUUUGUUCUAAUGGGAAAUAAAACAUAUUCGGUAUG